AUAUUUAUUUCUUCUUUACUAAGAAAAGCAAAAAUAAAAGGAAAAAGAAAAUUGGACCGAGGGAGAAGAAAGAGGGCGUCGAAGACAAAGAGAAGAAGCAAGGCAUUUGAUCGAAAAUGGCGUUGCAGUGGGUGCUAUUGGCUUAUACGGUGGCGGUGGAGGUUGCCGUCGCCAUUCUGCUGACGAUUCCUUCACCCAAGCUGCUCAAGAAACGCAUCGUCUCUCUGAUUUCACUCAUUCUUCAACCUGCACUCUUCGUCGUGCCCUUCGCCGGCUUUCAGAUUCUAGAUAUAUACUGGAAGAAUGAGCAUCGGUUGAAGUGCACAUCUGAGAUAUGCACUGCUUCUGAGAGAGAUCGAUAUGAGAAAACCAACUAUAAAGCUCAGAGGAACGUGAUUCUAUGUGUUUGUGCAUGCCUCCUCUACUGGUGUAUCUAUCGCAUUUGCAAGUAUAACCAAGAGAUUGAAAGAUUGGAGGAGGUAGAAAAGAGAUACAAAGAGCAGUAGAUUUCAGGAAGUGUGAAAUCCUGUUACAUGUGGUAAUGGUUUUGAUCAUUUCAAUACUUGAAUCUUUGUUUGUACUCGAGUAUGAGAAGUAUAACAUUAUUAGAACACCAUAACUUUGCUGGUUUAGCUUGGUCAAGUUUUAAGCUCUAUGGACAAACUUUUUUUUUUCUUUUUGCCUUUUACUACAACUGAAAAGCGAAGGUAGAUAUGAUUUUGUACCUCAUCAUAGAGUCACUGCCGUUGGAUUAAUGAGAAUAAAUCAAAUUUUUAAGUA